CAACUCUCAGUAUCGUUCAGAACCUUGAAUACCAGGGUAGCUACCCGCAUACGUUGACGCAGUAAUUCUUGUCAUUCUUUAUUUAUCUUUGUAUAUCAAACAAAACUAAAAAAGAAAGAAAAUGAAUCAUUUCGCUUGGCUUCACUUCUUGUGCUGGUGUAUUCUACUCGGCGGCUCCGCCCGGUUGGUCAGAAGCUCUGCUAUCCAUCAAGUGCCCCUAAGCGAUGGAACAGUCGGUGCCAUCCAGCGCGAGAAACGACUCUUCAAAUCGCCUCAAGUAAUACCUAGACUAACGGGACUAACGAGUCCCGUUUUCUCUCACCCCUGGCAACUAAUGCCACCUAUGAGAAACAGCCGCAACUGGAAAGCAUCCGACGAAGAAGAGUUCUUCCUGCGCCACAAGCGGAGACCGAUAAGCCACACUAACGAGCAACUGACUGAUUCACAAAUGGACGACGAGGUGUCGACCGUUUCGUCAACCAAUGAAGAUUUCAAAACCCGAUUGAAUGUCGGAGGGAGCCCCAUUCUACGAAACUUUGGUUGGGAUCCCAAUUUUCAAGGGUUUAAAAACAAUGGCAAUUCUGUUCCCCGUGUGGAUCGAAACAAACUGUUGAACAAAUUUUGGAACGCCGUGUACAAUCCGCUCCCAUACGGCGGUCCCCGUUCGUUGCAGUCAAGCGUUGAAGAAGCGGAAGUGACUUUCCGUCAAAAGCAGGCAUCCGGACUUCCGGUUGCUCGUACGGCGUCGCGUGAAAAGGAGCCGGAAAGGCCUGAACUUCGAUUACCGAUUCCCGAUUCAGAGAUCCCGAGUCCCGGUCACUAUCGCCAACCGGUGAACGAAUCAUUGUUGCAAGCUUCAAACAAUCCGCAAAUUCGACCAAAAUUGCCGGUAGUUAAUAGUACGACGAGCAAUCCUUUGGAAAGGCCAGUCAACGUGGAAGCUUUCCGAAUCUUAAUGGAAAUCAUCAGAUCUCUCAGAAAUAUGGAUGUCUAUUCAACUACGGCAUCUCCUUUGUUAAGCGGAGACAAUAAAAGUAGUAUCCUUCCAUAGUCAUUUUCCUAUUACGCUAACAGCUUCUCAUCUUUGUACUGAAAGCCAUUUUCUUGUAAAUAUUAUUAUUAUUAUUUCUAAAUUGGCACACUCAAUGGACGAUGAAGGUGACAAAAACGGAAAAAAAUAUUAGUCAAACUGAUGAUUUGUUUUUUGGCAUAAUAAUAAAGCUUUCCAAAUUGACAUCCCAAAUGGAUCCCUUUUCUGCUGCGAAAGUUGUAAAUUUUGUUUCGUGUUUACCUCGUGAAGAGAUUGUUUGAUUACACGUUCUUCUGUUUGAUGAA